CUGACUUUAAGCUUCCAUCGGUUUGUUCCGCUCUUUGCAAACAUUUCAAUCCAAAGUAAGCAACAAAUAAUAGUAACCAGUAAUAACGGAAACACGUUCAGAGGAAGAUUUUACAUUCAAACUGAACUAUGUGGACCAAAUCUGCAGGACUACAGAGCUCAGUAUGGACCGCUCUAUGAGAAUGAACAAUGGACCGUAUUCACAGACAUGCUCAAGGCAUUAGAACGGCUCCAUUCAAUGGACAUGUUGCAUUUGGAUGUGAAACCGUCGAACAUCUACCUUUCAUUAGAUAACCGGUCGUGCAAACUGGGAGAUUUUGGGUUGGCGAUCAAUUUGGAGAAGGUAAGACAAUCAUAA